AUGUCUAAAAAUCUGAUAUUUUCAUUAAUCUUGUCAACAGUUUUCAUUGCAAAAGUGUCCGGCGUGGUUGACGAUGCAACUCGACAAAAAGUUCAAGAUGCUCUCCUAGAAGCAUUGGCUAAAAUCAGCUCUGUAACAGAACCAUCAGUUCCAGAAGGAUCCAUAAUCUCAUCGCAGAAUGCAAAUGAAGACUCCAAGAAGUUGCAGUUCAACUCUGAAGUUUUAGAGUUAGCAAGUCAAAUUCUUGUGGAAAAGUAUGGAGUUGAAAUACUAGAUGCAGCAAACGUAGUGCUCCAGGAGCUUCAAUCAGAAACUACCACCGCUGAAAGCAAGUGA